AUGAAUCAAGACUCGACUUUCGAUACUAACGGCACCAACUGUACCGGAACUAUCAAGUUCUUGUACAGUUACGGUGGUAGAAUUGUUCCCCCGUCGAUAGAAGGGCAUGGCGGCAUGUUACGUUAUGAGGGUGGUCAUACUAGAAUCCUUUCAGUCGAUCAGUCCAUUUCAUUUGCAGAGUUGAUGGUGAAAUUUGGAGACUCGUGUGGAUAUUCGGUGAAUAUGAAGUGUAAACUACCGAAACAUGAUUUGGAUCAACUAGUUUCAAUCAAAUCUAAGGGAGAGCUUAAGAGUGUGAAGGAAGACUACGAUAGAGCUUCGCCAGGGGAGAAAAUUAGAGUUGUGUUGUUUCCUAUACCUGUAAAACAAAUCUCUCCUUCUCCUCCUACAUCUUAUGUCGAUUUUCCCUCAGGAUGCAAAUCCUAA